GGGGCCGUCCCCUAUAAAAUCGGGACAGCGGGUCCCCCCCAGGCGGGCUGCCUGCGGGGGUGAAGGCUCCCCUCGCCCUCUGUGGCCCCCAGGGCCGCUCUUGGGCGUGCACGGCUGCGUGGGGCACCUGAAAGCUGGGGGCGGGCCGGGCGGCUCGGUGUCCUCGGCUGCCUCGCCCGGGGCUGCGAGCCCACCUGCUUCGGCGCCCGUGGAGACCCGCCGCGGGCUCCCUGUGUUAAGCUGGGUUCGAGGAAGGGGCCCCGGGCCCGUUUGCCAGUCUCAGGGCGGGCUCCCGGCGGCGGCUCGGGCUGAGGGACGAGCCCGCUCGCUUUGGCUGCGGGGGCCGCCGGGCCCAAAGCCCGCCCCUUUCUGAGGGAAACCCGCCGCGCUCCGGACCUGGCAGCAGGUGUUGCAACUGAUAAAUGGUCCUCUAUCAGGGAGGCUGAGAGCAAGAGGUGAUCCUAUAUAUAGCACCAUAUAUGCUGCAAUAUUUGUAUGCAUCAAGGUCCUUUAGACUUGCAACGUUUUUGUUUCCAAAACUGCAUGGGAAUGUGUACCUGUGUAAACACAACUGUGGCAGAGCCAGGGGUUGAGCAGUGGGCACUCCCUGGCACAUUGGAAAGUUGGCACCUGUAGCUCCAGCCCCGGAGUCGGUGCCUAUGCAAGGAGCCGCAUAUUCACUUCUGAAGAGCCGCAUGUGGCUCUGGAGCCACAGCAGGCAUGGAUGGGAAGAAAUGCAGUGUGUGGAUGUUUUUACCUCUUGUGUUCACCCUGUUCACUUCAGCUGGGCUAUGGAUAGUAUAUUUUAUAGCUGUGGAAGAUAACAAAAUUAUUCCAUUAGAUGUGCCAGAUCGGAAACCUGGUUCCAAAAGUCCCCCUUACAUAAGUAUUGCAGGUGAUGCACCCCCUGCAAGCUGUGUAUUUAGCCAAGUCAUGAACAUGGCAGCAUUUCUAGCACUUGUUGUUGCUGUUCUCCGCUUUAUACAGCUGAAGCCAAAGAUGCUAAACCCCUGGCUGAACGUCUGCGGACUGAUUGCGUUAUGCUUGGCCUCGUUUGGAAUGACCUUACUUGGCAACUUUCAGCUCUCCAGCGACGAAGAAAUCCAUAAUGUCGGCACCUCCCUGACGUUCGGUUUUGGCACCCUGGCCUGCUGGAUUCAGGCUGCCUUGACACUCAAAAUAAACCUAAAGAAUGAAGGAAGAAAAGCUGGGAUUCCACGAGUUGUCUUGUCAGCCACUAUAACCCUGUGUGUAGUCCUUUACUUUAUCCUGAUGGCACAGGGGAUCCAUAUGCAUGCAGCCAGGAUCCAGUGGGGCUUGGUGAUGUGCUUCCUCUGCUACUUUGGUACCUUCGCUGUGGAGUUCAGACACUACAGAUUUGAGAUAAUUUGUUCUGAGUACCAGGAAAACUUCUUGAGCUUUUCCGAAAGCCCGUCUGAAGCCUCUGAGUAUCAAACAGAUCAGGUAUAGGCCUGCCCUCGUUACAUGGCAGGUGGGCUCGCAUGGUCAGGAGAUUUAACCCAUGACCUCAUUACAUUUUUUUUGACAAGUUCAUUUUCCAUGUACAGUCACAGACGUAUUGCCAAAGGGCUCUGAGGGCAGCUGUUUAAGAGCAGAGCAAAAACGCAAGGAUCUAUCUGACCAAAUCUGAAAACACCAAUGUAUUUGUAAAGAAAGGCCGAUUACUAAGUUUGUGCUAGAGGUCUCUCUCCUCAACCCCUGUCCCAUUCAUCUUAGAAAUAUCCUAAUCCUCACAAGGCCACUGUCAGGUAGGUUGUAUUAUCCCCAUUAUACAGCUGGGGAGAUGACUUCUCCAGCGUGACAGGUCAGUCAGGGUUAGUACUCAGGCGUUACUGGCUCCUACUCCUGCAAUCAGACCACUAGACUGCACUUGUCUCAGGUUUCAACUGGUUUUUAUUGCCUUGUUGUUGGACAAGGGUAACUUGAUUGUGAAGUGAGGAAGAAUUACCAGCUGGUUUUAUGGCAUCUGGACUUGGAAUCAAUCAGUGGAAGAAGAGAGCACAAACAUACUGGCUCUUGAUUAAGGAUAGGCACUUCUUCCCAUUUGGAAAGCAGAUAAAGGUGAGGCCUGGUUUGGGAAAAACUAGACAACUAAAAAGACAGUGAAGGAGACAGUGGUCGGCAGUGGAUGUGGGACUGAGGCAGCCCACCUGCACCAAAGCGAAAUUAGAAAACGCAUCCCAAUGCAGCGUGGGUGGGGCUGGGCUACAUCUCAAUGUGGUAUGGUCUGAGCAGCUGUGCCCCACGUGAACAGACAGCGCAAGGCUAAAAUGUGAAUGUUUCUUCUGCCCAGCGGGGACCAAAAGGGUGUUUUUUUUUUAUUUGUAGUGCUUCCAUAAAAUCCUGUGUAUAAUAUUUAGAAAGCGGCUUUUCUCACUAUUUCUCAUGGACAAGGGGAACCUUGUCUGAACUUAGUCUGAGUGAAGAUUCCGGCUCAUGUAUGUUCAGAACAUCAUAAAUUCAGGCAGAUUUUACUGGAUGUAGUUUUAUUUUACUCUUAUGCACUAAUGGUGAAAUUCACCCUUUGCAGAGGACUUUGCCUCAACUUACCUACCUAUGUGCCUAAUUCAGCAACAGACUCUGAUUGGUUGGACCCCUGCCGAGCCCCAUUGAAGCUAAUGGCAGCUGGAAUCCACCUGUACAGACUUUGUUAAAGGAUCAGGGUCCUUGGGCUUAAGUGUGACUUAAAUGGUGGACUGGCCUAGCUCUGGCCCUCUGCAUGGGGCUGAAUUCACCUUAAAAGUUCAGGAUAGUAAA